AUGGCCGACACCGCACCGCAAACCGUCGAACAGUGCGUCGAACUCGCCAAGCGCGCGUUCGCGCUCAAGAAGUAUGAGGAUGCGGUUGGUCAUUAUGCCACCGCAUUAGAGAAGGCAACCGAGCAACAUGGUGCUGAAGACGCACCUGAACUCGCCGACCUGUACUUGGCCUACGGCAAAGCCCUUCUCGAGAACGCCAUCGCAACGUCAGACGUCCUAGGGAAGAACGGAGACAAAGACGGCGCGGAGCCCGAGGAAGAAAUCGACCCGGCGAAAGCUGGCAAACUAUUCUCGUUCUCUGGCGACGGGGAUGAAGGGGACGCCGCAGUCGACCUGUUCGCCGAGGCUGCGAAAGCAGUUGCUGAAGCGGAUGCCGCGGAGGCGUCAGGCGAGGGACAGGGCGAGGAUGACGAGGACGAGGAAGAUGACGGCGAGCCAGAGGACGACUUCAAUGCCGCAUGGGAUGCUCUCGAACUUGCUCGCUCGAUCUACGAGAAACGCGCGGAUGAGGGAGAGUUGGUACGGCUGGCACUGGCGGAUACCUUGAUUUCUCUUGGAGAUGUUUCGUUGGAAACCGAGAAGUUUGAGCAAGCCAUCACCGACUAUUCCGCUGGACUUCAACACAAGAAGGACCUACUCCCUCUCUCCUCCCGUCAAAUUGCCGAGGCGCACUACAAGCUCAGCAUGGUGCUUGACUUGACAUCUGGGCGCCUAUCAGACGCAAUCAUUCAUGCGCAAUUGGCACUUGAGAGCGUGGAAGCGCGUCUGGUGGAGUUGCAGAAUGGACUCGCUACUGCUCCUGAUGCCGCAUCUACCUCUGCUGCACCCGCACCCGAGCCCGAGCAGGACGCAAAGGGGAAGGGCAAGGCAAAAGCCGUCACGCAGGAUGAUGUCGCAAGUCUAAGCAAGUCACAAAUUGAGGCUGAAAUCAAGGAACUGGAGGGCUUGAAGGAGGAUCUUGCAUUAAAGGUCGCAGAGCUGAAGACGUCGCCGAACGAGAUCCACACGACUUCGGCUCCAGAGCUCGCUGAGAAAGCGCUGGAUCAGGAGCUGAACGGCGCUGGCGCUCCUGCAACUGCACCCGCACAAGUGAACGAUCUUUCUGGCAUGGUUAAGAAGAAGAAGAAGCCGGCGCCCACGGAGCCUGUAACGGAGCCCGUCGCAAACAGUUCUGGUGCUGAGAAGCGCAAGGCUGACGAUGACGCAGGGACCCCGCCGGAGAAGAAGGCUCGGCUCGAAGAACCCAGUGCUUCCGCAUGA